GGGGCUGCCUGGGUCUCGCCCUCGGCGCCGCCGCCGCCGCCUCCGCCAUCUCCGCCGUCGCCGCCGUCUUCCCCGUCGCCGCCGGCCGCGGUGCCGGAGUCGCCGCCGCGGCGGCAGGGUCCGCUGCCGGAGGAGUGCGCCGUGUUCUGCUGCCGCCGCUGCUGGACGGUGCUGGGCGACUCGCUGCAGCUGUGCGGGCAGGAGCCGCCGGGGCUCAGCGUCCUCAUCUGCUUCAAAGUCACCAGCGAUGUGACCAGGGAGGACUCGCUGUUGUUCGGCCUCGAGGGAGCUCUCCUGGGAUGCGCUUAUUAUUUAUUAUCCUGUCGGUCGUGUGGUUUUGCCGUGGGCUUCAUUCUUUAUUCUUCUGGCAGUGACCUGGCCUAUCUCAGAGACUCGUUCUGUUUCUUCAAGGAGAACAUCAUCUGUUACCUCUUAAAAACCCACAGGAUUAUAGAAGCUUCUAAGGUGAAUUUUCCACCUGUAACCUCAAUGGAACACAUGCAGAAAGUGAAAGAAAAGCUUGUGGCCUUCAAUAAUCGCAUAGAAUCAGCGAUAAAGAAGCUGGAGAAACAGGAACAAAAUAAUUAUGUAACAGAAUGGCAAAACUCUUUAGCAGAUCCAGAUGACCUACUAUCAGCAUACGAAAGAGUUAAUAACUAAUACCCAUUUUCAAGAACUGCUGGAGUUGUUUCUGCAUCUCUGCUGAGUUUUGUCAUUAUGAAGAAAUAAUACACCAGACCAGGUUUGAGUGUUGAUCUGUCACUUUAUCUGUGUGUGGAAAGAACUGAUGAUGAAGUACAUCCCUUCAGGGGAAACCUGAAAAUCUGACAUACUGAAGUUAUGUUUGGAAGACUGAAUAGCUCACCCAUGCAGCACGUCACUCUCUGAGGCUGCAUAACUGUGGGUUUGGUUUUUCUAAUGACUUCAGGGGAAAAACCAGCCUUGUAAACACUUAAGUCAGGUUUCUGGAGCUAUGCAAAACAUACUUAACAAGGUGAUGAUAUUCAAGAGCCACCAUUACAAACUGAACAUUCUUAGAGACCUAAAGCUCCUUUUCCUACCUUUUAAUACAGACACGGUGUUAAUGGCAGCCUUGGUUUUAAUGGCAGCUAGUUUUUGGUCAAGUGGCUCAUUAGCUACAUCUGAUGUGUGAGCCACUGCUAAAUGGACUCCUGAAUAAUUUUGGUGUUUGCUUGUGCGUGUUGCCUGCAAAAGCAGCAGAUAAGCACGUCACAGAUGCUGCCGUGUUCCUAGCACAUGAGUCUGCAUGGCACCAUGGAG